GAGAAAGUGAAAGCGCUUCAAAGGUUGUGGUUGACAGGGGACAUUUUGAGCUGUCAGUUAAUUCAGUGGGUUCCUUUUUUUCCACUGCUGAAACAUGACGGUUAAUGAGUGACUACAGUCUCUACUCUCGUUCUACAAAACAGGCUAGGGCAAGAUUUCCAGCUGCCUAACCACUGAAAACAGCAAUGAAGUGAAACUUGCCUGUGCCUCUUUGCUGCUAUUUAAACAUGGAUGUUCAAAAGUGUUGCCUUUUCAUAGAGCUUGGUGUGUUCUCUGAGUCAAACUAAAACUUUUUGGAACUGAAACCAUCGUCUGUAAGCCAGAAAAGGUUCACUGUGAUGACUUCUUAGGCCCAUUAUCGGUGUUUAACAUGGCCGCUGUGGUUCAGCAGACCGAGAGCGCCUGGGAUGGCGCAUGCAAAGAAGAAGACGAUUCGUUGCAGUUGGAAGAUCCAUCAUCUUUCCCCGCAGUAAUCGUGGAGCAAAUGCCACAUAGUCACAUGCUCAAUUAUUCGGGUCUGACUUGUGACCAGCCAUUAAGACUGGGAUUGGAUCGCGAUACUGUUGAUGACAUGGCACAACUGACAGUGGACGCUUAUCAGAGUGGUAAUGAAGAUGUCAUGAUGGAGAGUGCAGAAGCAGCUGAAGCGCUGAUGAACAUCGAUUCCUCCACUCCACUUGCACUAGAUGACAAACAGAUACCUCACAUGUUUUUUUUGACGUCGUCUCUGUUAGAAGGGAACCAGUUUUUAAUGGACGGUGUUGUUGGACAGCAACAAUGGAUUCAACUUCCAAAAGGAUCUUUACAAGAAGACAAACCAAAGGUUAAAAAGGGUAGAAGACCCAAGCGACCAAGGGAACAUUCCCCAAUGCCUGACAUAACUAUUAAGAAGAGCAAGGACAGCAAAGGAAAUACAUUGUACCUUUGGGAGUUUUUGAUUGCUUUGCUGCAGGACAGGAAUGCUUGUCCUAGAUACAUCAAGUGGACCAACUGGGAAAAGGGCAUAUUCAAGCUUGUGGACUCCAAGGCUGUGUCUCAAUUAUGGGGCAAACACAAAAACAAACCGGACAUGAACUACGAAACAAUGGGAAGAGCACUUCGAUACUACUACCAGCGUGGUAUCCUGAAUAAAGUCGAGGGUCAGAGACUCGUGUAUCAGUUUGCAGAGAUGCCAAAGAACAUCGUCUACAUAGGUGAUGACAACGACAGCCCAGGUGGCAAUAACAUCAACAUUUCAAAUGAAGAUGAUGAUGAUCACUCCAAUGAGACAUCCUUCAAUGAACUAACAUCCUUAAGCUUUACCCCAUCUUCUCAGUCAAAAAUGCUCACUUCCAAAACACCAAUGGUCACCAAAGUCCGUAAGGCAGUGAACGGAAGCCAACGGAAGCCAGCUAACAACCCCGGCGAGGUUACAGGAGACAACAAAUCAGCCCGCCCGUUAGGUCUCAUCCAGCAGCAGCAUCUACCCAUUGUUUCAGCAGAGGUGCUUAAAACUCUUCAGAAUGUCCAGUCUCUCCAACCAGGCCAGCACGGGUCGGUUUUCCGCACAGCUCAGCUGUUAGAAAGCCUCCGUGACAAGCAAGAGACCUUGGAGACAAAGGAACAGCUGGAGGCACCUCAGAUUGUUACGCUUCAACUGGUACCUGUGUCUUCCACCGAAGAAGGAAUGGAUGGGUCCGUAACUUCACCUCAGUUCAUCAUGCAAGCCAUUCCAGAGACCAUCUCGGAGGAGCUAACCCUCGUAGUACAGAACGUCACCUUGGACAAGGCUUCUUCUGAUCCUUGCCAAGUCGAUGUCAAGGAAGAAUUCGAAGGAUCCAUCGUCUCCAGUACUGCGUCAAGUAGUGCCUCAGUAGUGACAAUGUCUGGUGGGCAACAGUUGGUUUCUCAACCUUCUGGUACCGUUAUCCAUUCUGUAGUCACCGCGACAGAACCAAAGAUAUCAGGUCAGAUAAGUGACCCAGACCACAAAGAGGUCUGCGAAGCUCUAACAUACUCCCAUGAUGUCCCACAAAGUCCAGACAUGGAUAAGAAGAACCUGUCGGAAAUAAAGGUGGAGCCCUUAAGUGUGGUCAUCUUUAAUGACCCCUUGGUGGGUUACACCUCCAACGAGUCCACAGAGUUGUCUGACUAAACUCAGGCUAGACUGAAACCUCAGAUUGUCGAAUGCCAUUAAAGCCUUACUCAUCACAUUCCUUUGGGACUUGCACAUGCACUGGAAUUUACAGGCACUCCUUUUUCUUUGUGUCUUAUGUUUUGCACCAGCUUUGCCUUGCUAUGCCAUUUAAAUAUUAUUAUUUUUUAGGAGGACCAAUGAUUCUUAUGCAGCUUAUUCUGAGCUUAAGUCCUAUUUUCCUUACUUAAGUGCCCUAAAUCAUAUACUUCAACAAUGUUCCUCAGGGUUCUGACACAACUGGUAAUGUGUCAGUGAUGUCGCUAUGAAACAGAAGGCCAACCACAACCACUUUAUCAUUCACAGGAGAGAUCUCAUGGAUAGGGACUUCAUCCUUAGCAAAUCUAUUACUAAAGCAUAAAAGAUAUGAUGAGUUAGUGAUACUGUAUGUAAUUCGUAUGUCCUUGGUAAAGAUGCACAUCGUGACGAUGGUUAAAUCUGUAUUUUACAAACACCUCUCGUUCAUAUUUAACCUUAUUCAUACCUGGAUCAAAUGUGUGACUUGGUUAUAAAUAUUAACAAAAUAUGCUGUAUUUUUAUUGACCAAAUAAAUAUCUUUACUUAAAAAAUACUGUAUGUUUUAAAAAGCCUAUCCUGUGCUGUUGACUGUAUUGCUGUUAAUGUUGUUUGAGAAAUAUAUGUGACCGAAAAAGAAGCUGAAAAAUCAGGUGUUGUGUCCAAGUGACAAUCAUUUCAUAUUACUUUUAUUCAGAAUAUAUGUACGUUAUAUUCAAAAGAGUUUAAUGAUGCACUGUAGCCUGGUUUGAGAUUAAUUAUAUUUGAGAGAGGAAAAACAAGUGUGCCUCUAUAUGCAUUCAUUACCUAGGAACUUUUCUAGCAUUGUGUUAAAAUGGGAAUUUAAAAAUUGGGUUUUAAAACUUUGGGCUCGAUAUUUAGAUUUCAAAAACAAGGAACCUGAUCUGGAACUCUGUGGAAGCAUAGAUGGAUUUGUUUAUGCAUGUUUCAACUCUUUUUUUAAGCUAUUUAACAUGGCGUCUUUUGUUCCAUCCAAAUUUUUGAUUACAAUGACUUCAUGUUUCAAACCGAUGAUCAGAAAUGCUGUAGUUUAAAGCUUUUUUGACAUAACUAGCCAAUAAUUGAGCCUAUGUUGGCUGAAAAGAAGAUGAAUUCCUCUUCCGGCAUGACCUGCUAAUAUUGGAUCGUCUUUUUUUUUUUUUUCUGUAUAUGCCAGCUGUUUAAUCUAUAAUCUUGCGCUUUUGUUUUUGUUCCUUCUGUGUUCCGUGGACUGAUAACUGUUCUGGUUGAAUGUGACUCCCAAUUUUUUAUUACAUUUUUUUUAUUGAAAAAGCCUGUACAAUGCUUCUGGAUAUCAAAGCCAUACUGUUUGAUGUCUCUAAUUAAAUACAAUUGAAAAUGGCUUCAAUUUUCCUUAAUUAUUUUGCUUUCAGUAGGAAUUUUUUUUUAGAUGAAUUUCUUUGACAUGAUUAAAGAAACCUCAAGAAUA